GAAAGCAGAAGCUUUACUCCACAAGCUAUUCACGGGUCGAGCUAAUGACUGUCACAAUACAUACAGCCGAGUAUCUUCCCAAACAAAGAUGCUCGAGACAGCCAACGCCACUGCGAUGCAGGGCUUCAACAAGUCCGAGCGGUGCCCCAGAGAUACUCGGAUGACACAGCUGGUGUUCCCGGCCCUUUACACUGUGGUGUUCUUCAGUGGCCUCCUGCUGAACACCGUGGCCCUCUGGGUGUUCGUCCACAUCCCCAGCAAUUCUACGUUCAUCGUCUACCUCAAAAACACCCUGGUGGCUGACCUGAUCAUGACACUAAUGCUUCCUUUCAAGAUUCUUUCUGACUCCCACCUUGGACCCUGGCAACUCAGAGGCUUUGUGUGCAAUUUCUCUUCUGUGAUCUUUUACGAGACCAUGUAUGUGGGGAUCAUCAUGCUGGGCCUCAUCGCCUUUGACAGAUUCCUCAAGAUCAUCAGGCCUUUCGAGAAAUGCUUUGCAAAACAACCUGCGUGUGCAAAAUUAGUCUCCAUUCUCGUCUGGCUCCUGAUGUUCUUCAUCUCCCUGCCAAACAUGCUCUUGAACAGCAAGGAGGCGACUCCAUCAUCCGUGAAGAAGUGCGCAUCUUUGAAGAGUCCUCUGGGGCUGGUGUGGCAUCAAAUGGUCAGUCACGCAUGCCAGUUCAUCUUCUGGACUGUGUUUAUUCUGAUGCUUCUGUUUUAUGUGGUGAUUACCAAAAAAGUAUACAAUUCCUACAGAAAGUUCACCGGUAAGGAGGACAGACACAAAAGGGUGGAGAUGAAAGUAUUUAUUGUCAUAGCCGUGUUCUUCGUCUGCUUUGCCCCAUUCCAUUUCGUCAGAGUUCCAUACACCUACAGUCAAACUAGUAAGACCGAUUGCCGGUUAGCAAACCAACUGUUUGUUGCUAAGGAAACAGCUCUCUUUUUGGCAGCAACGAACAUUUGCAUGGACCCAUUAAUAUACAUACUCUUAUGUAAAAAGUUCACAGAAAAGGCACCGUGUAUGAGGGGGAGAAGGAUGGCGGUAUCAAGCCAGGAACAACCCAGCAGUCAUACAGACAACAUCAUCCUAGCCUGACAACAUUCUCCCCCACAUGGUAAUUCUACUCCUGGCUUUGCUUCUAUUUAAGGAUGGGAAUUAAAAAGAUCAUGUACUUGGAGAUUUCAUUUAAGCAUUAUAGGAAAAGUGGGGGGGGAGGACACAAACAUUUUCUUACAUUUUAUUAUCCUAGAAUCUGGAAAAAAUUAUGCACAUUUUAACCACACAGAUAGAUUUAUGGAUGGACCGAAUUAACAUUAAGAGGAUGUUUUUAUGAAAGCAAGUGGCCACUAGAUGUCAUCUUGUGAAGAGCAUUCAUGGACUAUGGAAAAGAUUAAUGGGUAAUAGGUGUGUCUAAAAAAUCUUUCCUUCUAGUGACUAUCCCACAUUCUAUCACACACAUCCUUCCCAAAACAUUCUGGUAACUUUUAUCGCCUUCAGAGUGCUGAUAUUUGUGGCCAUAAUCUAAUAAACAUGUACUUCUAAUGCCUGUGGCAGAAAGCCAAAAGCAGUAGCUGAAAGAGAUUCAGUCUGAGGAAGCAAAGUGGGUGAAAAUGAUCCCACAGGAAUCCCCAAAGACUUUUUUCCUUACAAGUGCAAAAGGCUCUGCCACAUCUCAGCAGAGCACCAGAAGAGGCACGUGCUGCGGGCAAAGCCAGUACACAGUCACGUGCAGUCUGGGAGGGGGAAGGUGGUGUCAUUCAGCAAAACCUUCCUGGGAAACAGAGUCUACACCCUUGACUGAAAACAAUUACUUCUCCCAUUGUUUGUCUAUAUACGUGGAGCCCCUGUUGCUAGUUUGCUGUAAUUCUGGACCACAUUUCCCAAAGACGGGGUUCUUAAAAACACAGACAUGUCACAAAUUUUUGGCAUCUUCUGAAACGUGUCACCACACACACACACACAAAAUGGGCUGCAGACAGCCCAGACAGAUAUACUAAUCUUGGUGUUUAUGUAAACAAGGGAACUGUUGGCCUGUGGAUGGUAACAACUAUGUGAGAAGGUUUUUCAAAGCCUGAUUCAUUUUAUUUAGUCCCAUAUACUUCUCUGGAUUUCUUUGUGCAUUUAAAAAAAAGAAACGUAUGUUUUUUUGUUGUAGUUUUGUUUCUUUGUUUUGUUUUUCAAGACAGGGUUUCUCUGCAGCUUUGGAGCCUAUCCUGGAUCUAGCUCUUGUAGACUAGGCUGGCUUCAAACUCAAGAGAUCCGCCUGCCUCUGCCUCCCGAGUGCUGGGAUUAAAGGCGUGCGCCACCACCGCCCAGUUAUUUUUUUUUUUAAUUAUUUCUGGAAUUGUGGAUGCUGCUACUUGACUUGUCUAGAGAACAUGAGGACUCUGCCUCUAACUGAGCUUGCCAGGUGUAGUCUUGGCUUCUCUCUUCACAUGGUCUCAGAGGCCACAGAGGCAAGGGAAUUUAUUAUAGCUUUGUUGACAGCAUUUCCACUCUGUGACCUUUCCACUCUUGUUAACACGCCAUGAUUGUGUCCCCCUGACUCACCUUGUAAGUUCCCAUGUAUAGGUGAAACCCCAAAUUGCUAUUACUGUAAUCUCAAAAGCCUAGACUACCACUAGUCUCAGCCCCAAUCACUUCUUCAACUGUGCAGUAUCUCUCCUGUAUAUCAUAAUGAUUUGUGAUAAUUUGUUUAAUUAUGCAUCUAUUCCUUAUAUAGACUAUGUAUAGUUUAUGGACAGAGAAAAUUUCAUCGUUCA